AUGGAGCAACAAGCUGGUUCUGUUACUACUGCUGUCCCUACUUCAUUUGCCCCUGCAGUACCAUCCCAAGCCAUCAAGCCUUUUUCCAACAAUCAUGUUCCCGACACGAUUGAUCUCAGAGGAGACACAAAAAUUAUUGUAUGCGCCCUUGCUGCUCCAGGCAAUCCAGUUCCUGGUCCAUUUCGUGCAGAACGCGAACGUCGAACGUUCUGGACAGCAUGUCCAAAUUGCAAGAAAAAGAACAAACAUUCCAUAGAGUAUCUUGGUUGCAACAUUUCUUGCCUUCAAUGCAGUGAAACAUUCAAAGCCACUGAAGUAUCAAGACCUCGAAACCAACGUACAACCACUACAGAGAAUGUUCACUCUGGAGCAAUUGUUUCAUCUCCAGGGACCAUGGUGGAACCUAGCAAAAUGACACCAACUGUGGAGACUUCUCUCCGAAAGAAGGUAAAAAGGGAGAUCAAUGCAACACAGGCUGGAGGUAAACAUAGAAACAAUCUUCAGGGUAGCUUUGAUGUACAAAAAAGAAAUACAACUAUGGAGCAUAACAUUAUUAGAGGAAAGGCUCAUCAUGAGGAGAGCCAGAUCCAACAAAUAUUAGAAAGAGAAUCCCCAAGGAUGAGAUAA